CGUUUGGGGUUGGAACCUAGCGGAUGUCCACGUGAACGGUUUUGUUGGCCGCCGUUUUGAAUCUCCUGGCCAGAGAAGGCUCACGCACCCUGGCGAUCAGACACGUUAUCUUAUCAGUCCCGCUCAGCUUUGAAGCAGAUCCACACAGACAUAAGCAAAAAGGGCGCGGUAAAAAUUGAGGACGUAUAAUCAUUUUCACGGUGAGAGGAAUGUCAUCUGUUGUGAAAGAAAAAGUAUGUGUAUCGGACAGCCAUUCAACUGGACGUUCCACAGUACUUGUCAGACUUUACUCGUGGUAUCCUAGGCUUUAAACAAGUCUCACUUUUGUGUUAAAAGUCGACAAGAAUCCGUCUGCUGGGGGUGACACGUCUGAAACGGUUAGGGCUUUUGAAGGUCGUAUAAUAAACUAAGUUACUAACUAUUCUUCCCUUCGCUCGUUCUCCCAUACAUCUAACCUUUCUUUUUCUUCGUCCCCUUCCAAUCCUCCUUCCCACCUCCCUUCAACCAACAACCAUCCACCAAAAACUUCUUCCUUGAGGGGGUCGAAAUUACAACCUACUGCCCGUACACAGCGCUCAACAAUCCCUAAGGCUUCUCUUAAUAUCUUGUGCGCGUUGUGUGCGUCUCGUAGCGGAUAGUAUGGUGCACUGUAGUAUAAGAAUGGGGUGGCGAGAGGAGGUUGCGCCCCGUCUGUGUGUAAGAGCUUGGUGUCUACUACAAAUAGUUUACCCGACUUGUCGAGUUAUCUUUCUUACACCAACUUGUUGUGCUUUUUUGUCCCUGCUUAUUUUUCAGUUUUUUCUCCUUUCCUGUCAGGUUCGGAGGUACGCUGUCGAGCUGCUUUAAAAAGUUUUUGACUUUGAAUUCUAACGGUUCCUGCAGUACUACAAUCAGAAAACGGAUUGCUUACUGCUGACGUUCAUUUCUAAGCCUCGGAGAAAAACAUUUUUUUUUUGCGUUGUUCAAUAACAAUAAUUUUAAAAACAGCAUUGUUUUGGCCGCACCAUGGCGCCUCGUGAAGUGAAGUUUACAAAAAAUCGUAUUGGUGGAGUGACAUUAUUCAUCGAUGGAUUCAAAUACCGAAUUAAUCGUCGUUCAGGCAACACCGUUUAUUGGCGGUGUUUCCACCGAUGGUGUCAUGCCAAUGCAGUGGUCGAAAAUGGUAAACUGAAAUCAUCUUGUGGUGAACACAUAUGCCAACAUCAAACACUCAACGGCAGCGCCCUUUCUAGACCGGGACGCCACCGCCAGUUGCCACAACAGCAGCAGACGCCAUCAGCAGUCAUUCAGCAGACGGCGGUUCAACUUCAGCAGCGACCGACAACCUCCUCGUCGUUGCCUGUCCAACAGAUCGCCAAAGGUCCCACUGUCAAAAUGGCCACACGUGCAGCUCAAGGUUCGGCUACUCAGACCUUAACCAGAAAUGCCAACAAGGCCAAAACAGCACUCAGAUCUCAGAAACCUUCUACCAACAAUAAUAUGGUCGUUCGUCGCAAAUCCAAGGCCACAGAGGAGGAUAACAAAACAAACGCUUCAGUGCAGCAUAGUCAGCAACAACCACCGGCGCCCACCGAUUCGCCUGAGUCUAACAGUGUUCCAGAUUCGUCUCCUAAACAGAAUGAAGCACCCAAGUACAAGAUAUCGGCCGAGUGGAAACGGCGAGUGAAAUCCGAGUACAUGCGGAUCCGCCAAUCUCGUCGUUAUAAACGGGCCGAUGAGAUCCGUGCAGCUUGGUCCGAUAACAGAAAGAAUGUCACUGAGAGAGUGGCUGCCAACCAGAAGAAAUGGGAGGUGAGCAAAGCAUUCUGGGCGUGCAGCCAAGAAUGGCCAGCUCACAGUCAGUGCAUGAAAAAAGUCAAACCUGAACAUGGAAUGGGAGUCAACACAGAUCAGAAAGUAGUGCCUGUUAAAAUCAUUAAUGCAGUUGCACCUGUACCCACCAUGUACACUUGGGCUGGGCUUCAACAGAAUUUCAUGGUCGAGGAUGAAACAGUUCUUCACAACAUCCCUUACAUGGGAGAUGAUGUGUUGGACCAGGAAGGAACGUUUAUCGAAGAACUGAUCAAAAACUAUGACGGGAAAGUUCACGGAGACCGCGAAGGGGGCGUCAUCGAUGACGACGUCUUCGUGGAACUAGUCACUGCCUUAGUCCCCUUUUGCGAAGAGGAUGAGAAAUCCGAACCUAGCAGUUUAAAAGCUGUCAAAGCAGAGAAACCAGACGAAGAUGCUCGGUGCGAGGCCGUGACAGUGGCCAAUGACAAGCCAGCUGGCACCUCUGGCUCUAUAUCAGCGAAAGAUCUCCCUAAUAUCAUCGUCUUUCAAGCAAUUGCCUCUGUAUUUCCUGACAAGGGAACACCCGAAGAAUUUCGAGAAAGGUAUAUGGAACUUACAGAACGAGUUGAUCCAGUUGCCUUGGGUAGCGAGUGUACUCCAAAUAUUGACGGUCUGAAAGCCCUGUCUGUACAAAGAGAACAAGCAAUGCAUUCGUUUCAUACCUUGUUCUGUCGCCGGUGCUUUAAAUACGACUGUUUUCUUCAUCAAACUCAAGGAGCUGUGCCUCGUCGAGGUCUUCAGUCAUACCACCCUGGGCCCAACAGUCAAAAGAGAAAGUGUAACGAUCUCAAACUUCCUAAGCAGCCGUGUGGACCACAAUGCUACAUGUAUCUGGAAGGUCUACUGGAGAGAUUGGCAGCACAAGCGGCAAAAGAAGGUGAUGAAGUAGACGGGCAGCCCCUUAAAAUUCGGAAGACUCUUUCUCUGGAUUCGGGUAAUGAGGCUUCAUCUGAGGAUAGCAAUGAUAGUAGCGUCAAAGUUGAGAAUGGCGGCGACGGAAAUUCGUCGGGAGCUAUCAAAGAUGAGAAAGAAAUAGAAUGUGCAAUGGAAGUCGUCGUUGAGAGCCAUAACCCACCAGAAUCUGUUGCUCCUAAAAUUGCUAAGGCGAGUAACGCGUCAACUCCAGCUAGCUCCAAUGAAAACUCGAAUAGUUCUUCGAGUUUGGUACCUGAACGCAAGAAUAGCCUUAAUGAGAAGGCAGGGCCGUCGAGGGAAAGUAAAUCAAAUGAAUCUGGCACAAGCACGCCCCUUGCCCAAGCACCACCUGCUCAAGAGCUGAAUCCUCUAAAAGGCAUCGACCCGGAGUUACAAGCUAUUUGGACACCUGCGGAACAAACCCUGUUUAGAGCAGUGCAUCCGAUUUUUCUCAACAAUUAUUGCGCUAUUGCCCAGUCUAUUCUUAGCAAAACAUGUCAGCAGGUUUAUCGCUUUGCUCAGCAAGAAGCCGCCGAUUUACCGGCCCUCGAAGCCGAGAAGGAAGCUACCCCACCGCGCAAAAAGAAAAAGAAGCUAAGACUCUGGUCCGUUCACUGCCGUAAAAUCCAGCUUAAGAAAGAUGCCUCAUCAAAUCACGUCCACAACUUUACUCCAUGCGACCAUCCCGGUCAGCCAUGCGAUUCCAACUGCCCGUGUGUAAAUGCACAAAAUUUCUGCGAGAAAUUCUGCCAGUGCAGCUCGGAUUGCCAAAACAGGUUUCCAGGUUGUCGAUGCAAAGCUCAAUGCAAUACCAAACAGUGCCCCUGUUUCUUGGCCGUUCGUGAAUGUGACCCAGACCUGUGCGGUACUUGUGGGGCGGAUCACCAUGAUGUUACCAAAAUUACCUGCAAGAACGUCAGCGUUCAACGGGGAUUGCGGAAGCAUCUCUUAAUGGCCCCCUCCGACGUGGCUGGUUGGGGAAUAUUUUUGAAAGAAACGGUUCAGAAGAAUGAAUUCAUUUCAGAAUACUGCGGCGAAAUUAUCUCGCAAGAUGAAGCCGAUCGAAGAGGAAAAGUGUACGACAAAUACAUGUGCUCCUUUUUGUUCAACCUCAAUAAUGACUUUGUUGUUGACGCCACCAGAAAAGGCAACAAGAUACGCUUUGCCAAUCAUUCGAUCAACCCCAACUGUUACGCCAAAGUCAUGAUGGUUAACGGUGAUCACCGAAUCGGUAUCUUCGCCAAAAGGUUCAUUCACUCUGGAGAGGAGCUAUUCUUUGAUUACAGGUAUGGACCUACAGAGCAACUGAAAUUUGUUGGCAUUGAAAGAGAAGCGGAAUUCCUAUAAAAUAGUUUUUCGAUCUGCAAAUUUUGAGGCCUUCACAGAGUUCGUCAGGUUCAGUACUUAACUGGAUGAACGAAAGCAUCGUUUCUAGACUAAAUAACACGUUUUGUGCUUUAUGUAAAUCAUGGUGUUAAAUCAUGCCUAUGUAUUGUAGUAAUUCGAUUUUAUCGUAAAUCAGUUGAUAGUGAAUAUUCUUUCUCACGUUGUUCGCUGAUCGGUGUGCGUUGGCCAUUGACAAACACUUAGAUCAAUAAUAAACUAUUUUCAUAAUCA